AUGACGAUAAAAUGAUCUGAGGAAUUUAAUCUUUGAUAAUAAUAAGUUAAUUUAGUUUAAGUCGCUGGGUUUUACUUACUUAUUCUAAAAGUUACGUUCAACUACUAGUUCGUGACAGCUUUUUUUUUAUUUUGCUGGAGUUAAACGUAAUUGCAUAAUUAAAUUUAUUCGGUAAUAAAAUAAAAUGAUCUGAAGAAUUAAGCUUUGAUUAUAAUAAGUUAAUUAAGUUUAGGUCACUGGAUUUUACUUAUUGAUUCUAAAAAGUUGCGUUUAACGCCCAGUUCGUGACCGGUCAUUUAUUAUUUCGCUGCAGUUGCAUAAUUAAAUUUAUUCAGUAAUUCAAUGUAAAUUUUGUGUAAAUAUUUUGUAAUAUAAUUUUUGUUACUACUGCAAGGGUAUGCACAUUUCGAGUAGCUUUCUUUCUCGCUGUUUUUGUUUCAGCCUUCCUCUUUUAACUUGGAACAUUUCGUUUAUGUCUGUGUCAUUAACACAGGAAUUCGAUUCAAUUAAUAUUAUAUCCGUAGCCAAAUGAGCUUUCUGCUCACUUAUACCCGGAGACAUGUUGAAUAAAGAUAAUUUUCGCAGGCUUCGUAAAAAGCCAACCCAAAACAAACAUCGAUUGUUUUUUAAGGGGAGUGCUUGGACCAUUUACGCAAUCGCCUGUGGAUUCCACUUCUUUAAGCUGCACUACAAUGAGCAAACCAAUCAAGUGGAGGAGACCCAAUAUCAUCGAAUAUGGUCAAAGAUUGUAGUUGCCAUCAAGGUUUUGCUAGUGGCCAGCCAAUAUCUGCAGUACUUCGUUCUCGGAUUGGUCAUAUACAUUCACAUCAAACUGGUGCAAAAAAGCAUUGCCCAAAACUUUGUGAUGAGUGUUCUCGGGCUGGGAAUAGUCGUUAACUCCCUGCGGCGCCUGGUGAUCUUUUUGCAUUUGAAAAGGGAUCGGAGGUUUGUGGAACAUUCAGUCAACGAGAUUUUCCAAAUCACCAGCCUGAUCGAACGAAAGAUCGGUAUGGUAUACAACUGCGACUAUGUGUUGUUGGGAGUGUAUUUGUUCAAACUGUGGAUACUCUACAUCCUGCUGGAUGCCCUAUGGAACAAGCCAUACUUCCUGGUUAUUAACUUCCUGUACUGGGUGCUGCUGGAGUACUGCUUUGCAGGGUAUUUCAUUUACCAGCUGAUCCUUAUCAGCUGGUAUCACACCAUUAUCCUGUUCCUGCAGCGCUUUAUUGAGGAUAACGAGAUUCGGCAUGAUAUUGAAGCUCACUACCAUCACCGAUUGUUUCUUCUUUUUGAACUGCACCUCCGCAUUAACAAUCUCCAUAAAUUCAUUAAGGAUAAGUUUUCUUGGCUUUCGACUUCAAUUUACCUUAUGAUCUUCGCCUGCAUCUUCAACAUGGAACUUCUCAUAGAGUGCAGCCUUUUCGCCGAGGACGAGUUGGAAAACAAGAUUUACAUCAUUGCUGACGGGUGUUUGGGACCCGUGUUGAUCCCUAUCCUAUAUGUCCUGAUCCUGGGAAUGUGUACUGACCGAAUUCGCGAUGCCGAAUUACAGCUACAGCAGCUCAUCGUAAUCACUCAAUCCUUGUACAUGAGAAAAAUAAAACUAAGCCUUCUUACCGUAAUGGUACUCGACAACGAGCAUACUUCUUUGAUGCUUUACCAGAAAUUGGAACCACUCCAGAACAUGAUCAUUUUGGAUAUCACCUGCGAUCGUAAGUUCGCCUUGGACUAUAUUCUCACAGUUAUCCUAACUGCAUUGUCGCUUGUACAGUAUACUAUAUCAUGUGGAAGGAAUAUUAGCGAGUGCUUGACUCAUAAGUAG